AUGGCUUCAAACUCUGCUGCAUUGGUAAAUGGACUGGGAUCUACAUUCUUGACUGGUGGCAACAAGAGCCAAGCCUUGUUAACUGUGCUCCCUGGUGAAUAUGGUUUCGACCCACUAGGCCUUGGAAAGGAUCCAGCAUUCUUGAAAUGGUACAGAGAAGCCGAGCUCAUCCAUGGCCUAUGGGCAAUGGCUGCAAUUGUAGGUAUCUUUGUUGGCCAGGCCUGGAGCGGUAUCCCUUGCUCCUCCUUAUGGGAUGGGUCGAGAGCAAAAGAUGGGUUUGACUUCUUCAACCCUGAGUCCCAAUCUGUUGAAUGGGCUACUCCAUGGUCAAGAACAGCAGAAAAUUUCGCCAAUGCUACCAGUGAACAGGGCUACCCUGGUGGCAAAUUCUUUGAUCCAUUGUGCUCGGCCGGUUCAUUGAAGGAUGGAGUUUACCAUCCGGAUACAGAGAAGCUCGAGAGAUUGAAACUUGCAGAAAUCAAGCGUGCUAGAAUUGCCAUGUUGGCUAUGCUAAUUUUCUAUUUUGAGGCAGGGCAAGGGACGACCCCCCUUGGUGCCCUUGGCUUAUAA